AUGGCUUUAUACUCGAACUUAUUUGGACUUUUACUAGCUUGUGUAUCAUAUAUAGUGUAUCAAAAAUAUGUGAAUGUGUAUACAAGUAUUAUUAUUAAGCCGCAGAAAAGAUAUGACUACAUCAUUGUCGGAGCUGGCACAGCGGGUUGCGUGCUCGCUUCCCGUCUCAGCGAGGAUCCAAACACCAGUGUGCUACUAGUGGAAGCUGGAGACCACAUGGGCUUCUUCACCAGGAUUCCAUUGACUCCCACAGCAGCACAACAAGGACCUGACGACUGGUCUGUGAGGACUAAACCACAGAAAUAUUCGUCUUUUGGACUUUGGGGACAGUCCCAAUUUAUUCCGCGUGGUAAAGGACUCGGAGGUUCAGGCCAGAUCAACUUUCUUCUUCACGGCUCUGGCCUGCUCGGAGACUAUGACAGAUGGGCACAACUCGGCUUCAAUGGAUGGACCUUUAGAGAUUUGAAACCGUAUUUUAUCAAAGCUUUUGGGACUGUGAGGAGUGAAUUUGAUUCCGGACAUUGUGCGAUAGACGGAGACUGUCCUGCGGCUAAGGUGCCAAUGAAAUUGAAACAAAUAGACGAUGACAACGAGCUGAUGAAUAUCUUCAGACUGGCGUCCAUGCACUCCAAGAAGAACAUCUUUAGAAGACCAACAGCGACUAUCAAAGAUGGCGCUCGACAUUCCACAUUGAACGCUUAUUUAAAACCAGUUUUGGGCAGAAAGAAUCUCCAUGUGUUAUUGAAAACACAAGCUGUGUCGAUUCGGUUCAUCAACAUGACAGCAUCGUCAUUAUACAUACUCCAAAACCACCGCGAGCUCGACAAUAUAUUUGCGAACAAGGAGAUCAUAGUGGCGGCCGGUGCUAUAAAGUCUCCGCAGCUGUUGAUGUUGUCUGGUAUCGGACCACCUGAUUUGUUAAAACGGUUAAAAAUAAAGCUAGUGUAUCCAAACAAGGAGGUGGGGAGGAACCUUCACGACCACAUGAACAUGCCGAUAUACGUCAGCGUACAGAGGCCGAUCAGCGUGACUCUGUCCAAAGUAUUCACGUUCACAACUGCCUUCGAGUACUUCUGGAAGAACACUGGACCUCUAGCAUUUCCUCCUUUAUCGGGAGUGGAGUACCAGAAUACGUCUGCAGUAAUGCUGUUCUCCAUGGGCACAGCUAGCGAGAGACUGCUGAGAGAUUUAUCUAACUACAAACCUCAAGUAUUCCGUGACACCUUCCCUUUCUACAACAACACCAACAAGGAAGGUUUCAUGUUCCUGUCGACCUGCGUGCAGCCGAGAAGUAGGGGCACCAUCACUCUCGCUGACUCCACCACCUCUAUGCCGCCUAUUGUAGACCCCAACUACCUGGAGCAAUAUUACGAUGUCAAGUGUAUGGUGAAAGCAAUACGUAGAGCAGAAGAAUUAGUAUCUACCAAGCCAUUCCAAGACAUUGGAGCACGGAUACACUGGCCUCGACCUGAACGAUGUUUAUCCUUGUGGAGGUAUAGCAAAGAAGAUCAGAGAGGACCCGUGAUGAGGAAGAGGAAAUUUGGUAUUAAAAAGCAGUCACAAACAAAAGAACAGAAGCCCAAACCGAAGCCUAUACAAAGUCCUCCAGACGCUUACUUGGAGUGCAUUAUCAGGGAGGUGGCGGUGACUGGACAUCAUGCUGGAGGAACCUGUGCUGGUGGAAGAGUCGUGGACGAACAAUUACGAGUCAAGCCAGUAUCAGGUCUACGAGUAGUGGACGCAAGUGUUCUACCAUCUCCGAUCUCCUUGUAUCCAAACUCCGUGAUUGUGGCCAUGGCGGAACGAGCUGCUGACCUUAUACGAUAUGGUGGUAACAAAUAA